CAACAAGUGAUCGGGUCUGGAUCCAGCAAUUAUUACCCGACAUUGCGAACCCUAAUGCCCUUUCGGGUUCACCAUCGAUGACCAAAUUGGAACUGAGACUCCUCCUUUUCCUUUGUUUUUAAGUUAAUGGAGAGCGACAUUGAAGAGUCGUUGAAGAAAAAGCAGAGAAAGAACCCAUUUUUGGGAGAGAACUCAGCUCGCAAGCCACUGGAACACUUCGCAGUACGUUCAUAUCCAGUUAUGGGAGAAGUGAAUUUUAUGCAAGAGGAUGAUGUACGGUUGGAGACUUCACGAGCGAGAUUUUCGAAUGUGCUUAAGAGGCAUGGAGAAUUGACAGAGCGGCUAUCUCGGGAUUCAGACAAGAUGAUAUUUGAGCGUCUACAAAAAGAAUUCGAAGCUGCACGAGCUUCUCAAACCCAAGAGAUUUGUUUGGAUGGUGAUCAAUGGAAUGAUGGGCUAUUAGCUACUAUAAGAGAACGGGUUCACAUGGAGGCUGACAGAAGGGCAAUGCCAGUGGACGCAAAUAUCCCUGCAGAUUCUGAUUUUCAGGAAAAAAUUACUUAUAAAGUUGGUAAUAAGGUAAUUUGUUGUUUAGAAGGGGCAAGAAUAGGCAUACAAUAUGAGACAUCUUUUGCAGGGGAGCCUUGCGAGCUGUACCACUGUGUGCUCGAGAGCAAGUCAUUUCUUGAAAAGAUGACUGUCCUUGAACACACAAUUCCUUUCUUUCUACCAAUACGAGAAACAGAAAAUGAUCUUCUUUCCUCCAAUGCUAUGAGAUUCAUAGAUCACAUUGGAGAACUUCUGCAGGCGUAUGUAGAUAGACGAGAACAGGUGCGACUUAUUAAGGAAUUGUAUGGAAAUCAGAUUGGAGACUUGUAUCAUAGCCUUCCCUACCACAUUAUUCAAUUUGCAGUAGAUGAUUCUGAUUGCAAGGUAACGGUGUCUCUUAGGUAUGCUGAUCUAAUCUCUGUGCUUCCAAGUCGAGUCAGAGUCCUGGUAUGGCCAACAUCUCAAUUCAAGAAAGAUGGUAUAAGUACCCCCUCUCCUGCUCGCCUAUCUUAUGCAGAGGACGCAUUACGAACCAUGAGCUUACCAGAAGCAUAUGCAGAGAUCGUAUUGAAUUUGCCACAAGCCCUUCAACAGAUAUUUCAGCAGGGAGGAUCAAGUUAGUGAUUUAUUAGGGAAAAUCACAUUCUGUAUAGAGCUAUUUGCUGGGCAAACUCUUAGCUUUUGUGUAGCAUAGAAGAUCCCUUCGGUCAGUUACAACUUUUUCUCAGAAAGUUGGUUUCCUCUUUAUGCAUAGAGUGUGAUUACUUGAUGAGGUUUUUACAACAAUGGCAGCCUCGCAAUUUGAGAACAUCGAGUAAUUAACACCACAGAGUUGUUGAGUUAAUUGCUAUAAAGUAUAAACACAUCCAAAGCUUACAUCUUUUUCAUAAUGGUUGAAUUAUAAAGAAAGGCAUGUCAUAUC